GCCAUUUUGGCUCAAACAAAGUCAGAAACAUUUUAUCCACGAUAAAUUAUAUUAAAUUUUAUCUAUGAAAUACCGUGUAAAAGUGUGCUGGACGGGAUUCCGGUUUCCACGAGUUAACGUUUAAUGCUACUGUAACUUUUUCUUGUCUUUACACCGCGUAUGUAGUUAGCUAAAAGUAAUGACUAAAAUUCCCAGCUGAGCUUUAGUGGCAGUCAAGCUAUCCUGACGUUUGCUAAAUUUAGCUUUCCUGUUUGUUUGAACCUCCGCAAUGGGGGGCUGCUCCGCGCCAAACUGCUCCAAUUCAACCAGCACAGGUAAACAGCUCUUCAGGUUCCCCAAAGACCCUGUUCGUAAGAAGAAAUGGGUGGUGAACUGUCGACGUGACUUCGAGCCAACUCCUCACUCCAGACUCUGUCAGGACCAUUUUGAGCAGAGCCAGUUUGAGGAAAUAGCAAGGUCUCCAGCUGGGGGAAAGAAGCUGAAGCCCAAUGCCAUCCCCACUCUGUUCAGUAUUGGAGACCCUCCUUACCCUGCAGUCACUAUUCCAUACAUCUUGCUGCCCAUGAAACCUGAACCAGUGGAGAAGGAGCUGAAUUUCGGGGACCAUGGCUAUGCCAGACGGACUCCACUGCCUGGCCUUGAGGAGGAGGAUGCAGACAGGACCGCUGAGGACCAGCAGCCUUGUACACAGUGUCAUCUCCUCAAGAAACAGCUGGAGCAGGAGAUGCAGCACACGGCAAGGCUUCAGAAGGAGGCAGAGGAGAUGAAGAAGCGUCUGUAUCGGCUGGACCGGAUCGAGAAGGGUCUCCAGAACUUUUUGUACGAGGACCAGAUUCGUGCCCUGUCCCUCACCAAGCGCUCCAGACGUGCCGUCUGGUCUCCAGAGACCAUCAUGAAAGCACGAAAAAUCCGCUGUGCAGUUGGCACAAAAGGCUAUGAGUACUUACGGGAGCUGGGAUACCCUUUGCCUUCCUACAGGACUCUAUGUAACCGCCUGGAAACUAAAAUCAUGGUAACGACUGACAUGAGCUGUGAGGAGCUUGCAGAGCUGGGCCUGGGGCUCAUGGCCACCUGUGACAGUCCCACAGAAGGUGUUGUGGACAAUGAUGAGGAGGAACUGAUUGGUGUUUUAUCCUGAUUAUAGCGUUUUGCGUGACUUUAAGACUCUAACCAAGGCAGGAAUGUGCAGAAUUUGCUGGCGGAACAUGAGCACACUAUGUGUCCUGUAUUUCAUCUACGAAAGACUUAAGCAUUAAUAUAAAUGUAUGCAUCGCUUGAGAGAUUGUGAGUUGACUCAUCUGAGUUGUGCUUGUGAUCUACAACAUGAAGACACGGCUUUGCUCAACUGAUGUGAGAUGCUGGGGUAAUGCUUAUGGUGUUUCUUACCACAAAGAUGCUGAGCUCUGGUCUGUGCUGCAACGUGAGGAGAUGUAAACUGUGGCUAAGAAGACUACAAUGGAGUGUGGAAAGUGAAAACACAAUUUUCACAAAGCUUGUUGACUUUGCUGCUUGUGUGUACAACUAAUUUAACGUGUUUCACUGACGGUGUUUACAUGCACAACAACACUCUAAUAAUGUUCAGGAUACUCCGAUGUACUGGGAGCAGAUAAACCUAUAUCCUGGGUUAGGUAGCCUGAGUAUUCCGAUAUUAUGAGGCAUAUGGCAUGUAAAUAUUUGACACUAUAAACAGGUCCUGUACAUUAUGCAAGCUUUAUUUUUUGUUAUAAUUCACCCAAAGUAUUUAUCAUCUGAUGGUGUGUGUGUAAAGCAGUAGUGCAGAAGUGGGAUACAAGUGAGUGUCUAGGAGAGUGUUUGCAUUUAUAAUCAAUGGGGUCUAGUCUCUACAAGUCAUCCAAAUGCUGUCAGCAACAUUCGAGUUGAUAUCCUACCCUGUCACCUAUAUUGAUCAUAUCGCCAAAUUGAAACCUUUGCUGUUUUUCAAUGACAAAUUAUAGAAUGUGUCAGGGAGUACACCCUUAGAGCUGUGUACAGUCAACAAGGAGUUAUAAGUAAACCCCCCCUUGGUAAAAAAAAAACUAUCAGUAGUUUUCUACACUAGAGAGAGUGUAAAUUUCUGGCUUGAAGUGUUGCAGUGCAGUUGUAGUUACCCACAAAGGGUACAAAAAAAAGCUCAGGCGAGUCACAGUUAGUCACGUAACAUUCAAUAUCCAAAACCACACUGGCACUGUGAGUAAAUAAAGUGACUGUAAAGAA